AUGCAGACUCCAUGGAUCCUUAUUGGUGUAGUGUUUGUUGCGACUGCUUAUGCAGUGCUCAAAUGUGAUGAAGACGAUUCGCUGUGUAUGUCUAUGGCUCGUGCUGACGAUGAUAAUUCGACACAAUGUGAGGGAAUGGCAAAGUGCUUCUCGGACGACGAUUGUCAUGGAGGUACGUGCCUGGGAAUAGCUGUCGGCAAAUGUAAUUGUGGCGGAUGUUUGUCGUUGUUGCCGUGUGAAGACGAUUCGUCUUGUGGUGGACUGAAAGGCGCGUGCGAUACUAAGAAGAAGACCUGCGAUUGCGAUGCAGGUAUGAGUCUUCAUCUCAUCCGUCUUGUUUACAAGUUUUUAUCCUAUGUGGGGAACACGUUGACGUUCUGA